CGAAAUGAUCAACAGGUCAACAAGUUCUUGUAAAAUUAAAUUAUAAACACUAUAAUGUCAUUUUACAAGUAAAUUAACGGGACUUUGAUAUUGAUUAAGUUUCAUAAAAUGCAAGAUUUAUGUCCAUUGUGUUUAAAGAAAGGUGUAAAGAGGAGAGUAAAAUUAUUGCAAAUUAAUUUACAAGAAGGUGUAUGGAUUUGUGAAGAAGAGAAGUGUAUCUGGCCCUUCGGUUACGAGGGCUUUGUAUUUUGUCCACGAAUAGUGGGUAAAAUAUGGUCUUGCUACUGGGAUGACCAUAAAUCAACACCCAAAUUAAAAUUAUGUAGUUCAUCUGCGUUACCCAUUAUUAGUCCUAACUUAAUGACUAAUCAUUCAAAAAGUAUUAAUACUGCAAACCCAAUAAAGAUAAAUAAUGAUACUGAUGUUUUACAAAAUAUGUGUCAAGAGUCACAAAUAUUGCCAUCUGAAAACAAAGGGGAAUAUAAUGUAAAUACAGAAGCUAUUAGUAACCCGGAUAGAAGUAAUGAUAGUUUAUUAUUAAUUGAUGAUUGUACAGAGGGUACAAAAAUUAAAAAUGAAUUUAUAAAUUCAAUAGCUAAAGAGUUUAAAAGGGAAGAUGAUUCUUGUACACAAAGAAAUCAUCAAAAUACGAACAGCUUGAGAGGAAUUCCUAAAAUAACAAGUAUAGAAAAAACAAAUAUUGAUAUUUCCAAUGUAACAGAGAAUGAAAUUUCAGGUCACCAAGAUUUAGAUGAAAAACCUUUAUGUAUUAAUAAAUGUGCCGAUAUGAGAGUUAAGAACCUAGCUUCCAAUUCUUUACCUAUAUCUGAGAAAUUGGUGAAUUCAGAAUCACAUGAAACUAAUCCAGUUAAUAACAAAGUGACAGAACCAAAAUCUCAUUUUAACAUAACCAAAAUGGAAAUAGAUGGUUUACCACCAAUAACAAUAUCUUUUGAAGUUCCUGUAUGCACAACGCUUCCAAAAACUAUUAAUACUAAUGUAGGAGAAUGUAGUAAUGGUGGUACAGUGGGUAGUGAUACAAAGUCAAAUGCUUUAGUCAUGAAAAAUGUAUCUGUAAGACGAACUGUAACCAGCGGUAGACACUACGAAAAAUUCAGUUUUAGUGCCAUUAAGAAAAAGUUGGAGCCAAAUAAAUCAGUUGACGCUGAUAAUAGAAAUGACGAAAACAUUAGUAAUAAUAUAAAGAAAGACAAUUCUGAUAAAAUCUUUCAUAAUAAUAAAACAGUUACAAGUUGUAAAAACGAAUGCGAACAAUUUACUUCACCAACUAAUGUUACUUGUGAUUAUACAUCAGGUCAAGAAAAUAUAUCACAGGAUAUUUCACUAAUGAAUACUAGUGUAAACAUAGAUACAGUUUUAGAUGAUUUUCUAAGCAAUGAUUAUAGCGUCACAGAAGAUAUAAAUGAUGAUUGGAUAAAUUCCUUAUUAACUUAA